AUGGAGAACGUACCAGGUGAACAUAUGGUAGAAGUUGUGGGUGGAAGAGAUAUUGUCUUGUUUGGAAUUGGAGCAACUAAUAUCGAGCAGUACAACCUCCGCACUGACAAUUGGAGUUUUGUUUGUCAUAUGGGUGGCCGACGUUUGCAGUUUGGUGUUGCAGUUCUAGAUGAUAAAUUAUUUGUUGUAGGAGGUCGAGACGGCCUGAAAACUCUCAACUCUGUUGAGUGUUUCAAUAUAAAGACCCAGUCUUGGACUUCAAUGCCACCUAUGUCCACACAUCGACAUGGUUUAG